AUGACACUCGCGCCGAUCCAUCAAUCAAUAUGCACAACCUGCCGACUCCGUUCUCUCGUGGCAGCAAAGCAAUACGCCAGAGCUCGAACACCGACCUCACGAGACUGGUCACGACUGAGACAACCGACAUUCGCGCGAUACUUGCAUGCUUCUAGAGUCAGCUUGGAACAGCAGAAAAAGUCUACUAGACAAGAGGAGGAGUUUGCGACGGGUUCUGGCAUCAAGUCAUCUCAAACAGUGGACAAGAAACUCCAGGCGGAACAAAUAGCGCGGCACGCACAAGAAGACUUUGAGCUGGAUGAUAUAGAGACUCUUGUCGCCGAAGACGUAGAACCAGCACAUGCCACAGGAGCACUGAAUGCCUCUCCCGAAGACGUUGCUCGAGCAGCUCGUCAGCGAUUUGGAGAUGCACUGCCGGAUAACCUUCUGAAUGACGAGCAAUAUACAGCCUAUGAGCGUCUAUACGGACCACCGAUUGGAAACACCAAGGACGACAUAAUCGACUUCGAGGAAAACGAGCUAGAAGGAGAACUGGAAGAAACAGACAAUGUCGGUACGGGUAUACUGAGAGAGAACGAAGACGGUGUUCUCGAGGAGGUCGAGUACAUCGAAGAGGAGGAAGAGUUUGAUGAGGAGGAAGACUACGAGUUGACGGAGGAAAAUGGCGAUCAGGCGGAGCUGGACACGGAUAUUGCUGCUGCAGGUCUCGAUGCUCAGACUCUCAAUGACCUGGCUGCUCUGCGCUUGGGUUCGGAACAAGAGCAACUCGAGGAUUCUGAGGAGCAGGUCGAGGCACCAUACGAUCACACGCGAGCACAUCCAUUGACUGUGGUCAACCGAUUUGGCACGCCUUCUUCUACUGUGCAACUACCGACAUCUACAUUUGUUGAUCCUGUUACUCGGCUGGUUUCGGGCGUUCCAAACAAACACAUUUCAGAAGUUGCUCAUCGCAUCUUUGGUGGUGUCGGACUGCCAUACUCGACUUCGACGCCACAGCGCGCAGUGAACAUGCCGCAAAAGGCUAUCCCCUUGAAUCCCGGUCAAGGCAGAAUGAGCGAGAUGGAUGCCGAUAUCUUUACAACCACUCUGAUGCCUGGUAUCUAUGCGAGUGUAUUCAGCGUUCUGGUGGAAACACGUAAACGUUUGGGUAGCUCAUGGUUGGAGGGCCUAUUGACAAAAGAAGGCGGACCUCGUAUUCUGGAUGCUGGCGGUGCAGGCGUGGGUGUCAUGGCUGCAAGAGAUGUCCUUCAAGCAGAGUGGGAGCGCAUGCACGACACAAGCGAAGACGAAGAUUCUUUCAUGGCCAUUGCAGAGGCUGGCGGCAAGACUGGUGGCGAGUCCAUCCCUGCACCUGUCGGCAAGGCAACUGUCUUGACCAGCAACGAGGCAUUGCGCUUCCGCUCCAGCAAGCUGUUGGAUAACACUACUUUCCUGCCUCGUUUACCUGAUUACAUGCACGCCAGUGAUGAAUCUGCCCGUGAGCGCGGCAAGUACGAUAUCAUCAUUGCACCACACACUCUUUGGCCUUUGAAGGAGGACCACAUCCGCAAACAGCAUGUCAAGAAUCUAUGGAGUUUGCUUAGCACCGAUGGAGGUGUUCUGGUCCUUUUAGAGAAGGGUGUUCCUCGCGGCUUCGAGAUGGUAGCCGCAGCACGCGAGCUACUCUUGAACUCCCGCAUCUCUUCUCCAGGUAACGAAGCCAUGUCCGAAGACGUUGAGGAACCAGGAGAAGGCACAGUAUGGGGCAAGCAGCCAAAAGACAAGGGCAUGAUUGUGGCCNCCUGCACCAACCACCUUGGCUGUCCCAUGUACGUCAACCGUGGCAUCAGCAAAGGCCGCAAGGACUUCUGCCACUUCAAGCAGCGCUUCAUCCGACCUCCGUUCCUGCAAAAGAUCCUCGGAGCAAAACACAGAAACCAUGAAGAUGUGGAGUUUUCGUACGUCAGUGUCAUGAGAGGCCGUGACCUCCGUGACAGAGACGAGGAGAACAUUAUUCAGGGUGAGGUUGCGACAGAUAGGGCAUUCAUCGGGUUUGAAACCCCUCAAGCCGUGACUGAGCAGGUUGAAGAUGAGUUCGAUCCUACAGCACCUGCAGUUCCUGAUGUUGAGGAAGUUUCUGCAGAGGAAGAACCUCAUUCGUUGAGUCUACCGCGUGUUGUGUUGCCUCCUCUCAAGCGUCAAGGCCAUGUCAUUAUCGACAUGUGUACGCCAGCCGGCACACUCGAGCGCUGGACAGUGCCUCGCAGUUUCUCCAAGCAAGCCUAUCGGGACGCACGCAAGAGCUCUUGGGGCGAUAUCUGGGCGCUAGGAGCCAAAACCAGAACGCCUCGCACUGUGCGUGUUGGCAGAGGCAAGGAGGAACUCGGAGGCGUGGACAAGAAGAAGAAGAACAAAGCAAAGAACACAGUCGAGGUAGGCUAUGACUCGGCUGGUAACAUCAAGGAGGAGGAUAUCAAGGUCAAGACGGGCGGACGCAUGAGACAGGGUAAGAUCAAGGGCAUCAGAGACAAGCGUGACAAGAAGGCCGAUGGAAGAGGCAGGAGAAAGAACCUGGACAAGGAGUAA